AUGGGGAAGACCCAGCCGUAUAUCCCGCCCCUCAUCGGGUGGCUGUACGAUCUGGUCUUGUGGACAUUCUCCGUGCUCAUUGAUCUUUUCUUCCGCGAGGUACACCCGCGUGGAUCUUGGAAGAUCCCUCGCCGCGGCCCGAUCAUCAUCGUCGCGGCCCCUCAUGCAAACCAGUUCGUGGACUCGUUGGUUCUGAUGCGCGUUAUCCGCAGCGAGGCCCACCGUCGGAUCUCAUGGCUUAUCGCCGAAAAGUCCUUCCGGCGCAAAUUCAUCGGAAUGCUGGCGAGAGGCAUUGGAACCUUACCUGUGGCGCGGGCAAUGGACAAUUUGAAGCCCGGGACUGGAACCAUCUAUCUACCCGACCCGGUCAAUGAACCGACUCUGCUGCGAGGUGUCGGCACCAAUUUCGAAGGUCCGGGAUUCGAAGUGGAGGGGACAAUUGCACUGCCUACAAUCAAUGGGACAUCGCAUAGCACGGCCAUUGCAGAGAUUCGUGGUCCGGAGGAACUGGUUCUCAAGAAGGCGUUUAAGCAUCGCGAUGCGCUGUCUCAGCUGACUGGGAGGACCGAUAUCACCAAAGACGGAAGCUGUACUGGUGACCCGUCUGACCAAGCUCCGGACUUCAAGGGCUCCAAGUUCAAGGUCGCCCCGCACGUCGACCAAACGGCCGUUUACAAUGCAGUUUUUGGACGACUGAACGCAGGCGGUUGUGUGGGCAUCUUCCCCGAAGGUGGUAGUCAUGACCGCACAACUCUACUGCCCCUCAAAGCUGGUGUGGCCUUGAUGGCUCUGGGAACACUGGCUGACAACCCGGACUGUGGCCUGAAGAUUGUGCCCUGUGGCAUGAAUUAUUUCCAUGCUCACAAAUUCCGGUCCAGGGCUGUCAUCGAAUUCGGUAAUCCAAUCGAGGUCCCUAAAGAACUAGUGGAACAAUUCAAGCAAGGUGAACGGCGAGAGUCGGUCGGUGCCCUAUUGGAUAUUAUCUACAAUGGUCUCGUCGCUGUCACCGUCACCAGCCCCGACUAUGAAACUUUGAUGGUCAUCCAAGCUGCCCGGCGCCUGUACAACACCAAAGGAAAGAAGCUCCCCCUUCCGAUGGUGGUGGAGCUCAACCGCCGACUCGUGAAGGGUUACGCCCAUUUUAAGAACGACCCACGAAUUGUGCACCUCCAGAAGUCGAUUGUAAGCUACAACAAGCAGCUUCGGAUCCUCGGGAUCCGCGAUCACCAAGUGGCCUACGCCAAGUUCUCGAUCCUGCAAGUGAUUGCCACAUUGAUCUAUCGCCUGGGCAAAUUAGCUCUUCUGACGAUCGGAACCCUGCCCGGACUGCUUCUGUUCACUCCUGUGUUCAUCGCGACCAAAUAUCUGUCGAUGAAGAAGUCAAAGGAAGCAUUGGCUGCCUCGACGGUCAAACUACAGGGUCGAGAUGUCAUGGCCACAUGGAAACUCCUCAUCGCCCUUGCGUUCGCUCCCGCCGUCUACGCAUCCUAUACUGCCGCAUUCACCUACUGGACCUAUCGGAACCGGAUCCAAGGGUGGGUCCCUGAAUGGGUGCCGCUCUGGUUGGUGGUACUGAUCGGCGUGGUCUUGUUCCCCACAAUCACCUUUGCCGCACUUCGGAUCGGCGAGGUGGGAAUGGAUAUCAUCAAGUCACUGCGGCCGCUGGUUCUAUCUCUCAAUCCGUCGUCGGCCAACACGUUAGUGAAACUGCGGGAAAGACGCGCCACCCUUGCUCAGCAAGUUACGGAUGCCAUCAACACCAUGGGCCCUGAGCUCUUCCCAGACUUUGAUGCUGCCCGGAUUGUCACGGACCCCUUCCGGGAAGUCAGCCAUGAUGGCAAGCCCGAUCUCAGCCUACCGGAGAUCAGAAGAUCCGCCGAUGGAGACUUGGGCGAGGGAAUGCCUUCCCAAGAGCCUCUCCCCCGCAACGAAUCCUUCCACAACCUGGCCAACAUUGGCUUUUUCUCUACGCGGCCACCCAGCCGUGACCGCAGCCGCAGCAGCUCUGUUGGACCUCGGCCGGGCUCGCGGCAUCAGCUUAAGCCUCUGAGUCCGAUCACCCCGAAGGACCCGCUGGAGGAUGUCAGUUCGCGUAUCCGAGAUGCAAUGAGAGAGCGCGGCGAACGUCGUCGUCGCCGAAGUGAGGAUGGGAGCUGGGACAUGGCCAGUUCGGGACCCGGGACGCCGUCCAGCGGCGAAGAAGUCCGAAAAGACCUAUAA